CACUCACUGCGCAUGCGCAAACCUACAGGAAGUGUUAGCAUUUCUCUCACCAGCUGAUGAAGCCAAAUUGUCAACAGUGAAACCUGCGAUAUCUGCUGAAACCCCAGUAAACACGAUAAAGCAGGGAGUGAAGAGACGUCAGGACACAUCAGCGAGACCUCACUCCACUCUGGAAGGCGUUGCAAGGGACUGACAUCCCCGAAAGCCCCCCAUAUCUUCCCCCCCCGCCCCCCAGGGAGGAGGCGCAACCCCCCCUGCCGGUAUGAGCUCCAGAGGCAGUGGAGGCCGCACGAACGGCACACUACCACAAACCAAGAUCUGCCAGUUCAAGCUGGUGCUGCUGGGGGACAUGGCGGUGGGCAAGUCCAGCCUCGUCCUGCGCUUCGUCAAGGGGCAGUUCGACGAGUUCCAGGAGACGACCAUAGGAGCGGCGUUUCUGGCUCAGUCGGUGUGUUUAGACGACACCACGGUGAAGUUUGAGAUCUGGGACACUGCGGGACAGGAGCGCUACCACAGCCUCGCCCCAAUGUACUACCGCGGAGCUCAGGCCGCCAUCGUCGUCUUCGACAUCACCAAGCCGGACACCUUUGAGCGGGCGAAGGCCUGGGUGAAGGAGCUGCAGAGGCAGGCCAGUCCCAACAUCGUGAUCGCUCUGGCCGGGAACAAGGCGGACCUGGCAGAGAGGAGACUAGUAGAGUACGAGGAAGCUCAGACGUACGCUGAAGACACCGGCUUGCUCUUCAUGGAGACCUCUGCUAAAACAGCCAUGAACGUCAAUGAGCUCUUCCUGGCUAUCGCAAAAAAGAUGCCAAAAACAGACACCCAGAACCCCACACACGCAGCGCGACACCGGGGAGUGAACCUCCAGGACCCGGACGCCCACUCCACCCGAGCCUGCUGCGGGGGCAACUAGGCCUCCACGAGUCCCGUCUGUAACCCCACCCUCCACACCACCACCACCACCACCACCCUGAACCCAUCCUGUCUCCUUCCACCAACGUACAAGGGGGGAGUCUGAACCAGACAGAAACCCACCCCCCUCGCCCUCCAUUCAUCCUCCUGUCAGGAAUUAAAGGAGAGGAAACGAGGAAAGGAAGCGUAGGAGUUGUGGCUCGCUGAGAUUUGGAGAGGGGAGGUAGACUAAGAGGAGGAAGAUAACGAAUGUGGAAGACCGUGGCUAGCCUGUUGUAGUAUUUAGCACUAAUUGUGAUUAUUUUUCUUCUUGCAUCGUUUCAAAAAUGCACAAAACAAGCAGCACACACACUGGCCCAGGAUGGAAAAGGAGGAUCAAAAAAGGACUGCUUUCUUCUUCUUCUUCUUCAAAGCUGUACACGCUUGCUUCGCCUCCUCCUAGUGAAUCAGACCCUGCUGUGUAUGCCGACACAUAGUGUAGCCCCGGAAUGAAACCGUAGUGUGUAAACCCCUGCCUGACCUUCCCUGGUGUCGCCGGCACAGAUUGCCCAACAUAAAUCCAUCUGUACAUAUUUAUUGUCCCGUGUUUUGACAAAGGCUCUCCUCCUUCUCCUCCUCCUCGCCCCCCACACUUUAGGAUUGCUGAUUUGACAUUACGUGUGAUGCAUUUGAUCCGACAGACUUGCUUGCUUAACGAGAGAUUGCUGAAGUGCCGUGUUCCUGAAACAUUUUGGGUUUGCUCGAAAAGGAGGAAGAAACGUGAAGACUGGAGCUCUUUACAACAACUACAUAGGACUCGAGCUGGAGUGUGUGUAGUCACAUGACUUUAAUGUAUAACUAAUGACUUACCUGGAGCAAAGAACCAAUCCCUUACACUGAAAGAAAGUAGUAGUGCAUCCAAUGUUGUUAAACAGCUUACAAGGGACAGGUCUGCCACAAAAUAUCUUUAGGUACUUAAAAACCGUCUCUAUCCAGAAAUCAUGACCAAGUUAUUCAAGCAGGAUCCGCCUAACCCUAUCCGUGCAAAAACGAAGCGUGCACCUGCUCUUUGGGGUUUAGUUUGGUAGAAAGAAAAAUAGCUCUUACAUGAAACUGCUCACUACAAAGUCUGUGGACUAUUUUGAGAAACUGGGUCAUGAUUUCUAGAAAUAGACAUGUGGAGAGUUUGUUUGUGGUAUUUUGAGCUCUAAAAGCAAUCUAAAUUGAUGAAUUGCACUACAGGUAAAAUGUAAAAUGUGUGUUUUUGGGUUAGGGUUAAAAUGUCCCAUUUAAUCUGAUUUAUUUUCAUUGUCACACUAAGUGAUUGGGCUAAUUGUAACAGCAUGAAAUGUAGUAGUCCAUCUCUGCCCAGGUGAAGUAAAUUGGCAUUAGGUAAAUGAUGUAUUGGGGAAGGAAUGAAAGGAAGAAAAAAAAGGAGAAAUUCUGCCCGUGUUGUGUUUAACGUGUCCUGCAUCUGUCCCGCGUCCUAAGGCUGAGCUGCUGGUGAAUCAUGGUGACUAUUUAACUUAUUCAUUUAGCUUAAAUCAAUAUGAUGCUCUUAACACUGAGCUGUGUGUGCUUGGCUGAAGAACAUGAGGAAGUGAUUUGAUGAAAACACAAAAAAGAAGUGCCUAUUCCCAGUUUUCUUUUUCUGUGAAUCAUGUUUGCGUGCUUCGUAGGUGACGUGCGGGAAAACCUGUUUUCCUUUUUGCUCGUACUGUAAACGGAUAAGAGCACCCUGUCAUUAGGCUUCACUGUUUGGCUCUCUGUAUGGAUGUAAACAGAUCUUGUUGAAUACACUGUAUGUUAUAUAUUACUGUCUUAAUUUUAAGGAAGGUGGAUGUUGAUUUUUAGCAGCGCACACACAAAAAAAGACUCAAUCGAUGGUGACUUAAACAGGAAUUGGUGUCAAAGGAAGAUAUUUUGCUCUGCGUUAUUUUCAGCAUACUUGAAGUACAUGGUUUGUUCUUCCCACCCCGGACACUUACGGCUCAUUUUGUUCUGCACUCAUUCAUCCUUCAGUGAUCACAUGUAGGUUCCGUGUUCUGUGCAAUUAAAACAAGACUUGGUUUGUCAUCAGCACUUUGAGGAUGUUCAGUGUUCAAUAAAGCUGUGAAUGGCGCUCUGA